UUGAAAAUUGAAAUGCUAACGGUGUGAUGCCAAUGUAAUUGGUGUGAGCAUUUACCGCUUCAGGUUCGGUUUCACUUUCUCCUCUUCUAUCCCAACUUUCAGGUUCUAGAGUUUAAUGGCGGAGCCACUGCGGUCGCCGGUGACGCCGCCGAAAACAACGAUAACCGAUCUGGACGAGGACUGCAUGGUUAACUGCGCCAAAUACCUGAGCCUCCGAGACGUUUGCAAUUUGGCGAUGACAUCCCCUGCUCUCAAACGCCUCGCCUAUUCCGAUUCCAUCUGGCAACGCUUCUUCAGGGAGCAGUGGCAUCAGCAGUUUCCUUUGCAUUGGAGUGGAAACGGAGCGAGGGAGGUCUAUCUGGCCAGAUACGCUGCGUUGCGACAAUUCAAGUUUCUCGACCCCUUCCUUCUCGAUUUAUGCGCGCGGGCUAAGCCUUGCAACCACUUGCUCCUCUGCGAAAAUAGUCUUUUCUUCUCACAGGGUUCACUUGUGAAAAUGAUGGAUUUGGAUGGCUAUCUGAAACGAACAACAGAUUUUUUCCACACCUUAAGUGAUCACAAAGCAAGAAUCACUUGUAUGAGGUUGUUUCCCCUUAAUGAAGUGACUUCAUUAUUUCGAGGCAAAACACUAGGGGAGGAGCAAAGUGUUUUAGUUACCUCCAGCUGCGAUCACUCCAUUCGCCUGUGGUGGAAGGGUUCAAGCUUGAGGUGCUUUAGAGGCCACAACGGUCCUGUUUUGUCACUGUCAAAUAAAUUAUUGGGUGAGGAUUGCAGCAAAGUUUUAGCAAGUGGAGGAGAAGAUGGUACUGUUCGACUAUGGUCUCUUAGCUCGAGUGGUGGACGAGGACAACGUGCUUUGAAGGCCACACUUUAUGGGCACGAAAAACCUGUAAAUAUAAUGUCCAUUGCUGGGCACAAAACUUCACUUUUGGCGACCAUCUCAAGAGAUUCUAAGGUGAGGGUAUGGGAUACUGCUACUGCUACAUCAUCUGCUGCUGUUCGUGCCUCCUUUUGUGUGGGCAUGACUUCUGUUCCUGGUACGCCUGUAAACAUGAAAUGCCAUGAAUCACUAUUAUAUGUGGCGGCUGGUUCCUCUGUCACUGCAAUUGAUUUAAGGACAAUGCAGAAAGUUGUCACCGCAGCUAUACAUCAACCAAAUUUGUGUUCAUUUGAUGCGGUUCCUUCAAAAUAUUUAAUAUGCACAGGUGGUGAUGGCAGGGCAAUGCUCUGGGAUAUUAGGAGAAAUCAACAAUCAUUAAAGCCAGAGCCUAUAGCUGAGUUGGAUGGACAUUGUGGACCAGUAACUUUACUGUACAUGGAUUCAUACAAAAUAGUUACUGCGGGGCCUAAAAAUGCUAACGUGAAUGUAUGGGAUGUGGACACGGGUGUACAAACAAAUUCCUUGCUUUGCUCUUCAAAUGAUGUUGCCGGAUCUGGCUGUGAUGCCAUGGCCGUAGAUGGGUGUAGAAUUACUACUGCUACCUCUUUUGAAGAUUAUGCUGUUGUGUGUUUCAGGGACUUCAACAGUGCUACCAAUCCUGUUGCAAAACAAGAAAACGAACUGACAUCAAAAUUUUGGGACUCUAUAUCUGAUGAUGACUGAAUCUUGGUGGCUCCCAAAAUUAUAUAGAUGAAUUUAAUUUUUUUUUUAGUUUGGAUAGAAAGUUUUACACAGUAUCUUAGUAUUAUGUCUUUCUUUAGUAGGAAUUCAGAUUGAACUCGGAAUGGUAUCAUCGCAUUUGGUUGUUUGGUAUGUGACCAACUUCUUAUAUGGAUAUGACUAUAUC